AUGCCCUCCGUUCUCGAAGCUCUUCAGUGGUCUACCGCCCCUUUGGACGUUUCCUCGGCCCCUCCAGGUACAAUCACCCGGGUGAGAUCAGAUAACACGGUGGAUAUGUGGUCUGACUGGGAAGAUUUCACUUAUGACAACAUCAUGGCCAUUUACGGUAAUGACUUGAGAAUCAUCAACAGCGCGUUGGACUCCAUGGUGACGCUGAGAGAAUAUGCCCCCUACUAUACCCAUGGAAGUCGAUGUUAUUGCGGGGAGUACCAGAGCCUCGUGCCGGGCGACACGAAACCAAGUCACAAAUGGAAUCCGGACAUGUUUGAAACCAAACCUGACGUUUGGCAAAUGCCCCUCAACCAGGUUGCUACUUAUAUAGCCUAUGCUCGAGUUCGCUACGGGUUUAUCGUCACAGAUCGGGAAGCUGUGGUCCUUAGAUUCUCACGCGAAGCGACCGCUGCCGGUGUAGGCACUAGUUUGCCCCAACGACUAGGCAGGAAUGUUUCCUUCCAACUGCCGAGUGAGCCGAGUGUGCUGUCAAGCGAAUCCUAUGGUGACAGCGCAUCGGGUUGGGAUUUCUUUGUUGAGUACAAGGCGAUCCCGUGGUGUAACAACGAAAUAAUGAGUGAUAACAUGACGUUCGGGGAUGACCCUAGGAAAGAAGACCGCCUAUCGAAGGCUCAGCAGGAGUACGAGAGAUUAAGGGAGCGCAGAAAGGAAAAAGAACUCGAAAGAAUGAAGAUUCCCUUCCUCGACGAGGAGGUAAUGAACCCUCUUAAGCCCCUUGACUGCUCGAUGGGUGCUUUCCGUCGGCCACAACUUCGAAAAUGCCCAUUCGGCCUGGCCGAUAUUUCCGAGUUCCGGCGCGUGCAACCAGGUCAAGAUCACGACGGCGGGCUUGACGGGAUCAACUGGAAAAUCAGGGUAGGAUCUAACGACGUAUUCUACGUGAUGAAGGUGUUCUGGGAUCCGGCACCCCCUUGGCCACAUUAUUUCGCCGCACAGAGAGAAUGUCAAAACGUUGCUCUGCUCCAGAUGAUGGAAGCGGCUGUAUCAGAUGAUGUCCAGCGUGGCGACCAGAAUGGGCCGGUACUGUUGCAUCCCGAGCCGAGGUCAUUGCAAGAGGCCAAGACGAACUUGAGGGCCUUUUCUAACGAAGGCCGCCAACAUUGCAAAGGCCGAGAAUUGCGACACUACCUACCGAGGAGGCUGGAACCACCCCCUAUACGAGUGGAAAAGAUUGUUCGACGUCUUGAUGACGAUGCGAGCUAUGUCGCGGUCGUUUAUGAAUUCGUUGACGAAGGCGACAACGAUUAUAGCACUGUUAAAUCGGUGCUGGAAUUCUUGUGGCAUGCUGGCUUCAGCCAUGCUGAUGUGACUCUUCCCGCCAAUUGGAAAAAUGGGGUGUUGAUCGACUUGUCGGAUAUUGUUAUGCCAGGAGCAAUUGGAUGGAGCAAGAGACGAUAUGGAAUCAUCGAUCCCAAUAUCAUUUUCCAAAACUAG